AGUAAAGCAAUGGUGUUCAGAUAGUGAAAGAGAGGUGCAAUUGCAACACAAUAGUGUUAAUAUUUUUUUUAUUAUUAUUAGUUUUGACCAAGGCGCUGCAUUUAUAUGUUUGAUGCCAUAAUGUGAGGUACAUCAGAUAAUAAGUGAAUUAAGUUAAAAUAAAUGGACCUGGAAAGGGAAAGGUUAAUUCAAACCACUCCCCAUAAAACGUGAUUUUAUAUUGAAACGUCUAACCGGAAAUUGAACUUGUUUCUUGACAUAUUUGAUAGUACGUGCGGAACAGGGAGCAGGACCUCCCGACACAGAGCAGUGAGUGACGCGGGACUUGUUUAAUUUUUUCUGGUCCUUUUUUAUUGUCAGUAUUUGUUUUUGACAUCUCGUUCGGGAGAAGCCCCUUCAGACGGAGUCGUUUCCGCGCCGACUAACACAAAAAUGCAAAUAGAGAAGGAAGUGAAGAAGAUGACCCUCGGCCACGAGUUUGGGGCUGGAGCGGCUUGUUUGAAAUGCAAGGACAAGUGUGAGGGCUUUGAGUUGCAUUUCUGGAGAAAAAUAUGUCGGAACUGCAAAUGUGGCCUUACAGAGCACAAUGUGUCAAUGGACACAGAGGAGAACAAGAAGGUAGGCAAGCUGUUUGAGGACACCAAGUACACUGGUCUCAUCGCCAAGUUGAAGACGGACGGCAUUCCAGGAUACCAGGGCAGCAUGCUGACCAUCACUCUGCCCAGCCCUGCCACUGCUUAUACAAUGCCUCCCAGUGCCUCCUCCACUGUCGUGCCCCCGUCGGCCACAGCUGGCUCUGUACAUCCUGCUGGAGCCUCUGCAGGUUCAGGACCCGGGCAGGGCCUGGGUCAGGGGCAGGGCCUGGGUCAGGGCCAGGGUCAGGGCAUGGGUCAGGGUCAGGGCAUGGGUCAGGGUCAGGGUCAGGGCCAGGGCUAUGGCCAUGGCUAUGGCCAAGGCUAUGGCCAACCUCAGCCAGCAUCAGCCAAUGUCACUCCAGUCAAGGCUAACAAAAUGCCAGUCAUGGUCAGCGCCACAUCAGUCAAUGUGGUACCAGUUCCCAAAGACGUACCAAUGAAGACUGUGACCUAUGACUGGGCACCACCAGUAGCAAACAAGUACAUGGCGGUGCGUUAUAUUGAGCUGCUCCCACCAGAAAAACGUCCAGUGGCUGGUUCAGAAGGAGCUGCUUACCGCCGGCAGCAGAUGGCUCGCCAGCUGCCUGAGCACGACCAAGACCCGUCCAAGUGCCAUGAGCUGAGCCCUGCCGAGGUCAAGCAAAUGCAGCAGUACGUCCGCAAGUACAAGGAUGAGGCCCUGGGAGUUGGAGAUGUUAUGCUGCCUGAAGAGAUGGCUUUGGUUCAGGCAGGAGGCAAGGGUGGAGCUGGUGUUGGGGCCGGAGGAACACCUGCUGCAGGAGGGGCUGGCUUUGGACCUGGAGGUGGCGGUGCUGCUGGUACUGCUCCUGGCGCUGGUGGUGGAGUUGGAGGGGCUGGAUAUGACCCAGCGGUUGGGGUUUCUGGAGCUGGUUCUGUGCCAGGCGGUCCAGUCCCUGGUGCUGGGGCUGGAGUUGGUGGUGCUGGAUCACUUUCAGGGUCUGGGAUUGGACCGUCUGCUGGUUAUGGACCAGCUGGAGGAGCGAUGGGUACUGCUGCCACUGCUGGAGCCAUGGCCGUCCCUGGAGCUCAGCAAGCUGGACUACCUCAGCAAAACUUUUCGUGCCAUCACUGCCAGCAGCCCAUGCGUCAGGGCGAGCCAGCAGUCUACGCUGAGCGGGCUGGCUAUGACAAGCUGUGGCACCCAGCGUGCUUCGUGUGCUUCACCUGCCACGAGCUGCUGGUGGACAUGAUCUACUUCUGGAAGAAAGGCAAUAUGUACUGCGGCCGCCACUACGGAGACAGUGAAAAGCCACGAUGUGGAGGCUGUGAUGAGCUCAUCUUUUGUAACGAGUAUACUCAGGCCGAGGGCCAGAACUGGCAUCUGAAGCACUUCUGCUGUUUUGACUGUGACUGCAUCCUGGCUGGAGAGACGUACGUUAUGGAGAAAGACAAGCCCGUCUGCACACCCUGCUACAUGAAAAACUACGCUGUGAAAUGCUCAUCCUGCCAGAAUGCGGUGGAGCCCGAGGCCCAGAGGGUUUCCUACGGCGAGCACCACUGGCAUGCUGAGCCACAGUGCUUCAAGUGCUCCGGCUGCUCCAAGUGCUUGAUUGGCCAACGCUUCAUGGCAGUGAAGAACUUCCUCGUCUGCUCUGUGGAGUGCAAGAAGAAAAUCACGGCUUAGAGGGACAAAACAAUUCUCUCAUCUUCUCCAUGACCACCAGUGAAACCGGGAUGAGUUCAAUUGAAACUAAACUCAGAGCAGAGAAAACAAACACUGCCUGAUCUCCAAAAGGGCACAGAUGUGUUGUGGUUGUGUUAGCAUAAAAUCAAGUGCCUGGUAUCUGUAGUAUGGAGCUCUGCAGUACCUGAGAAUCAGUCUGGGCCCCUGUUUGACUUUGGAAGACCACAACACAGCUAAAUCUUGAAGUCUCAGAUAGGAUGACUCCCAAACGGCUACUGUCCGGUUCAGUGUACAUCCUUUCGUUUUUGGUUGCUUUUCUUGCACUGUUUGAAUUUACAGAUGAGAUUACCGUUUGUUGUUAAUGCUAUUUUUGUUGCUCCAAACAUAAAUAAGGUACGGUUUAUAACUGUACCACCAUUAAGUGCUUCCUUAAAGCUAAAAAACUACUGAUCUUCUCUAUGCAGUUAUAUCAGCCAGGUAUGAGGCUGACUGAAUUAAAAUAAAAUCAUAUUUGAAAGGAUGUUGCCCCACUAGCAUAUACAUACAGAGUAUCCCAUAUGCACAUGUUUUGAUAUUGGAUGCUUUACUAUGAUGUUGGAUAGAUAGUACUUAGUAUUUAAGGGAACAAAUCAUUGUGAACAGAUUCUAGUAUUAAAAGCCAAAAUUAGUCCUCUCACAUACGUGGUUAAAACAGGCUGGCAAAAUUCAGUGCUGCAAUCUUAACAUGAUCUUUGCAAAUAUAUGGCUACUGUAUUGGUCUGCAUUCGCUUUGAGAAAAAGGCCUCUAGGCUUGAGUAUAAGAAUCGAUAAAUAAAGAUUUCAUGUGACUGACCAGAAUGUCAUGUGUAGUCUGAUGUAAGUCUCCCUUGUGUUACUCACAGGGCCCUGGAUGACACAUAAUACUGUGUUGCAAUAAACUGCACUUUACAAAA